AUGGUUGGCGAUAUUACUGAACUUUCACUGGAUGAAAAAGUGGAUUUGCUCAUUGUUUCGGCGUUUCCUAAUAACUACAAUAUAUCGACCCGGAGCCUGAUCAAAAGCCUAUAUGAAAAGUUUCAUCUAUCAGUGGAAAAUCUGGCAAGGGAAAAAGAUAUGGACCUGAGGACAUACUUUUCUUGCUGGUUAUCAAAACCUCUUCCAAAAGAUCUCCCUUUCUCUCGACUUGCCUGUUUUGAAAAACGAUCCACCCAAAUGACACCAGUUGAGCAGAUUGGUGAUAUGUUUCGUGGGUUCAUGCCAAUUUUUAAUUCUCAAGACACAACUGUGAUAACUCCCCUGCUUGGAACUGGUCAACAGCACUUCCCUGAUUUAUUCGUCUUAAAGAGGACCGUUGAAUGUGCUUGCCAUUGGAUGAAAGUUGGCUUACCCCUCAAAUGUCUAAAGAUUGUACUUUUUGACAAAGAUCCUUAUAAGAAAAAGGAGACGACUGAAGAGUGUAUAAAAGAAUUUGCCAAACUGAAGACCAAAUGGGAAGUGUCUCGGAUUUUCCAGAUGCUGAAACCAAGUCAUGAUAUCUUCAUUUCUCACAGUCCAAGAGAUUUCCAGACUGCCAUGAUGCUUAAGUCAGCAUUGGUGACAUUUGGCAGAAGAUUUAAGGUUUUUUGUGAAAAAACUACAAAGAAAGAGGAUGACAUUUUACCAGAACAUGUCUUAUCUGCGAUGUAUGGAUGUAAAAGGGUCUUAGUAAUUCUGACACAAUUUUACUUGGAGUCAAAAGAUUGCUUAGAUGAAUUCAACAUUGCACUGUGCCUGAAAAGAAAUGCAAAAGAAAUGAAACUGAUUCCAUUGUGCCUGGAAAAGUUACAGAACUUGCCGCCUGUUAUUGGCAAUGUGCAAUAUAUGGACUGCAGUCUGGAUCAUGAAGAAAGUCUAACAGAGAAAUUCGAUGAAGUUAGUGAAAAGAUCAUAACAGAACUGAUUCUAAUUAAACCCAAACAACAGUUCAUUGCGAAAUCAGUGCAAGCAAAGAAUAAAUACGAUAUAUUUGUUUCCUACCCUACCAAGAAUGCAGAAGUCAUGAAAGUUGUUUAUGAGAUACUUCACAAACACAAUCCACAGUGGAAUAUAUUUUAUGAUAAAUUGGAAUUAAAAACUGGUAGUAAUUGGCAGCAGUCGAUCUAUGAUGCCCUUGAAGUAACGACAUGUUGUAUUAUCUUGGUGUCCCCUGCUUACUUUGAGUCAGCCAUGUGUCAAGAGGAAUUCAACAUUGUUGUGGCAAAAUGUAUAUCAGAAGAAGAGAAAAAUCAACCCUUACUGAUUCCAAUAUGCAUUAUAGAUGUCGAAUCUAUUCCUGACUGGUUUGGUCAACUUAAUAUUAUUGAUGCCCGAGAAAGUCUUUUAGUUCCAACCAUGGAGAAAUUGGCAGCCCAGCUACAUUUAAGCUUUAAGAAUGGCAGCAUCUGGAAAGAUUUUCAUUGGUUGAUCACCAAGGAGAUGAAAAAAAGGAUUUCAGUCAAAGACAAAACAGUGAAGUUCCGGGAACAUUUGUUUAAGGAGAAUUAUAAAAUAGAGAAGCAGACUGUUGUGCCCAAAUGUCAGACCCCCAAGUGGGCCGACGCCUGCAGUGUGUUAUUUUGCUUUGCUCCAAAUGACACAAAGUUUGCUGCAUCCUUAAUGAAUAUCCUCUUAGAUUAUUUGCCUCGGAUGGAAAUCCUUUUAUUUAGUAAAUCGCAUCAGGACAGGUUGUCCUUGUUGAACCAAGCUGAUCACAUUAUAAUGUUUGUGUCGGCUGAAUACAUAUCAACAGCAAAGGGACUUGAGGAACUCACUAUUUGCUUCAAUCGUCAGAGACAAGCCAAACACCGAUUUCUACAUUUUGCUUGCACGGCGGAGAUCCCUGACUGCUUAUCAUAUCUUCAGAUUCUGCCCUACAGCAUUGUUUUCUCUGAUCCGCACAUGAGUAAAAUAACAAAGAAAUAUCCAGAGAACACGACAUUGGUAUUUGAAAAUGCAGGUAUUCAGGGCACAUUUACUUAUGCCCGAUAUGAAGUGGCAGCUUUGAAGAAAUUUGCUUUGGAUAUUGUCAGUUCUUUUGUUGAAGGAAGCCAUGCAAACAAUAACACAGGAAACCUAUUGAAUAUUUUCAGAAUACAAAGAAAAAAAUGUUCAGCUCCUUUGAAUAAAUGCCUGGUGCCAUUGCCAUAG